UUGAGAGACAAUUUUGCCAAGAGCUGAACCCCCCUUCAUCAGGAACUUUUCAGAUCCACCUGCUUGUUUCUUCGCCUGGUUCGCCCGUGCUGCGCUUGUGGGCCAAGGACCACGCGGUUAAGGACGCCAUCCCGGGGCAGUGAAGGACAACAAAGCUGAGAGGGAGGCACAACCUGAUACACAACUGCACUACCUCUGCCUGUGCAUUGUCCAGUGCGCAGUUUUCUGCGAAUGUGCUGGGGAAGUGGUUCCACCGCAAAAACCCGCCGCGGUUCCUCCCAUGGAGGGUGCCGUCACAGAGAAAGUGCCUCAGUUGGAUGUGGACGUCGCCCAAGUGGCGGAGGAUCUGAAAGCGCUGGAGAAGGCCAAGCUGCGCGAUCGGAAACGCGCUGGCGUGCAGGACGGCGAAAGUAAUCGCAAGAAAAACGCUCGAAAGAUGAAAAUGGGUCAGGCGAAUUUCUCUUUGAAGGAUGAUCGGGACUGCGUGAACCCGUUCAUUGAUCAGUCUGAUGCCUCACAUGUCAAAGGCUACUCCGGAAAGCGGGUGGACAAGAGAGCCUCUGUGAAACAGAUUAGCAAUUUGGACUUCACUUCCUGAGACUUCGGCUGGCUGCCAAUGUACAGCCAAGUUUCUGUGCAGAAAAUCUAUGGAUAUCUCCAUCACUGGGACAAAGCGGCUUCCAGGUGUGGGGCGGAUGUGUUUCAAAUGCAGCGUUUUAGUGAAGUGGGUAGCAAAGGCUGCCAGCAAGAAUCACAGGAAGG